UUCCUCAACAAAUUCAAUCGCAACAAUCCCAAUUUUCUCAGCAAAUUCAAUCGCAACAAUCUCAAUUUUCUCAGCAAAUUCAAUCGCAGCAUUCACAACAGUCACAAAUUUCUCAACAAAUCCAGCAAAAUUCUAAUCAAAUUUCUCAAAAACCGACUAUGAUAGUCAUUAGAAUUUGUACGUUAAAUGGACAAAUAAUUCCAAUUAAAAAUGUUCCAAUUAUCGCAAAAAUUUCUGUCAUAAAAUUUCAUAUUGAAAGUAAAACUAGAAUUCCAUCAAAUCAACAACGAUUGAUUUAUUCGGGAAUUUUAUUAAAAGAUAAUCUAACAUUAUUAGAUUAUAAUAUUUUAAAUAAUAAUGCAAUGAUUAAUUUGAUUGGUCAAAAUAAUGAAGUUAUUAAUUUUAUCGAUUCAGAUUUCCUUGAUCCGAUGUAUGAUUGUGAUUUUACGAAUAUUGUUGAUGAUAAAAAAUUUAUGAGGGGAUCAUACGAAUAUCACAGACCGUGCGGCUGGAAACGAAUUGCAGUUAAAGUAUUAAAUAAAUACGGAGAUAAUG